AUGUCACGUGGAAAGAACGUCUUAAAGACUAUUCUUUGCAAAUUAUACCAGAUUUCUUUUAUUCUCUCAGCUGCAGAGAUCUUAGAAAAGACAUCUGUUCCAUGUGAGAUCAGGCUGUGCGACAAAUACUUCAAUUUCCUUACAAACAGCACAAAUGACUUCGAUCGAUAUUCGAUCAGCUCCAUGCUCGUCCAGGCACCAAAAACUGACGAGCUUUACAUCGAACUCAGAAGGAAGGAGUUCGAGAAAUACUGCAAGUACAUUGCAAUGAAACAAGUUGUUACAGAACGUCCAAAGAAGAUGCGCAUUGUACUUGUUUAA